AAUUUAAUACAGCGGCCAAACGCGCCCUUUCUCUCUCUUUUUUGUCUCUCUCCCUCCACUUGCAGCAGCUCUGGAGGUUGAAAUGGCGUCUACCAUGAAAAGUCCACGAAUCGGUUACCGGAGGCGGAGCUCCGCCGACAGUCCGCCUGAUAAUUUGUUUCACUCGCAGGAUUCAUCCACGCCGUCGUCGUCGUCCGCCUCCAACUUCGCUUUGGGUUCCACUCCUUCUCGCAAGCUUGGCACCAGCUCCACCGCGAAGAAUUCGGUCAGGAGCGCGGCUCGAUCCGUCGCGGAUGCGCUGGUGAGUUGUUUCACGCCGCCUGAGCGGGAGAAUAACUUGAGCAACGUUUCCAAUGGUUCUUCUGAAUCGUCGAGGUCUCGCAGCAGGAAGGAUCGUAGUUCAAAAUACCGCAGCAUCUACGAUACUUCGAACAAUUCAACUCAUACAAGGGAGCCAGGGAGUACUAAAUUCACCAUGGAAGAAAUUCAGAAAGCAACGAAAAAUUUCUCGCCAAGCCUUAAAAUCGGACAAGGUGGAUUUGGAACCGUCUACAAGGGUCAAGUGGAAGAUGAAACUCUAGUUGCAGUUAAACGGGCCAAGAAGAUCGUGCACGACAAACACUUAGGAGUUGAGUUCCAGAGUGAGAUUCAGAUUCUAGCAAAAGUGGAGCAUCUAAAUCUUGUAAAGUUCUACGGCUAUUUGGAGCAUGACGAUGAGAGAAUCAUUGUGGUCGAGUAUGUUCCAAAUGGUACCUUGAGAGAGCAUUUGGAUUGUUUGCACGGUAACAUACUUGAUUUUUCUUCGAGGCUGGACAUUGCAAUUGAUGUAGCUCAUGCUGUAACCUAUCUUCACAUGUACACAGAUCAUCCAAUCAUCCACAGAGACAUCAAAUCUUCCAACAUUCUCCUAACUGAAAACCUACGAGCGAAGGUGGCUGACUUUGGAUUUGCACGGCUGGCAGCUGAUGGUGAAACGGCAACUCAUGUUUCUACACAAGUUAAGGGAACUGCUGGCUACUUAGAUCCCGAAUACCUGAAAACUUAUCAGCUCACAGAGAAGAGCGACGUAUACUCAUUUGGUGUUUUACUUGUGGAGCUCAUCACUGGAAGACGCCCCAUCGAGCCUAAGCGAGAGUACAAGGAACGGAUCACUGCCAGAUGGGCAAUGAAGAAGUUCAUAAAUGGGGAGGCCAUUUUAACAUUGGAUCCGAGAUUGGUUCGGUCUCCGGCGAAUAACUUAGCCAUGGAGAAGAUAUUUGAGCUGUCGUUGCAGUGCUUGGCUACCAGCCGCCACAGCAGACCGACCAUGAAGAAAUGUGGGGAGAUUCUUUGGGGCAUCAGGAAGGAUUACAAGGAACUCUUGGCUUCCGGAGUCGUUGUUUGAUCUUCUUCGUCGUCAAUUUUAAGGUAACAACAACGUCUACUCGAUUUUCUUUUGUUAUUAUGUUGCAUGCAUAUAAAUUCAGAGAGGAUGGUCGAUAUUGAUCGUAGAAUAUUAAUGAUGAAGUAGCUAGUUUGCGAGAAAGAUGAUGAUGAUAUAUUAUGUGCUGUUUGGUUUGAUUUGAUUUGAUUAGUGCAAAUUUGUUGGUGAAA